CUAGAUGACAUUAUUUCGCAAAUGAAUAUCCGGUUUGGAAACCUUCAACAACUAGCUAUGAAAGGAAUGUCAUUUAUGCCGACGAUUUUGCUACGUGAUGCUUCAGCCAAAGCAGAUAUUCUUGAAUUUGGAAAGGCAUAUCAAAGUGAUUUUCCUACUGCGAGUCCGAACUUGGAUGCGCUGUCUGCAGAAAUUGACUUGUGGAUUGCCAUACUGAAAUCACUGCCCAUUUCAGAGCACCCCGCUACUGUAGCAGAAGCGUUGCGUUUGGCAAUGGGUAAUCCACUAAUUCCAACUGUGUCGAGGCUAUUGCGCCUUGUCUGCACCUGGCCUGUGACGUCCUGUGAGUGCGAGCGGUCUAUAAGUGCUCUCAAUCGCGUCAAGACAUCUCUCCGGGCAUCCAUGUCGCAGAUCCGAUUCAACGGACUUGUCAUGCUGCAUGUCCAUUACAACAGGAAGUUGUCACACUUGGACGUGAUCCGCUUAUUUUCUGCCAGGAACCCGAGAAAGAUUAUUCUCCCAAACUUUGGAGAGCCAUACUCAGACAGUGAACUAGCUAACACUUUUGUACUGGAUACUGAUUCACCAGAAGACACGUGGGACACUGAGCUAGACAGCUAAAUGACUUAGUUUACAAUUUUGAAGUUGUGUGAAACGUUUAUGCUAUUAUCAUAUUCACUACAGAUAUCAAGCUCGUAAGAUUUGGAAACCCCUCUGGAAACCCUUGA